AUGCCAUACGCAGGCCGUGGCGGAGCUGGCAACAUCCAAGCCGUCGAGGAAGCGAACAAACGAAUCGCCGAAGACCUCGAAGCGAACCAGCAAACCGCCGAAACAGACAGCCAACCCCAUCCACCUUCAGACGAGCAAUACGCACGAGUUGGACGAGGAGGCGCAGGCAAUUUCUACAACCCUCAAGAUAUGAAUGAUACCGAUCGGUUAGGUCUUGGGGACGGGAUCAACUCGUUGGGGAGUGGGGCUGUUGAUACGUCUAAGACGGCGACUGCUGCUCCUCCUCCUCCUGAGCCUACGAGGACGUUUGGAAGAGGUGGAGCGGGGAACUUCUCGUUUGAUUCAAGUGAGAAUCAGGAGCGAGCUGUGAGGAGACAGCUCGAACAAGAUGAGCAGAGGAAGCAGGUGUUGAAAGAGCAGAUUGAGCAGGUUGUAGAGGAGAAGCUGGCGAUGCCGCCGAAGGCGCGGUUGCCGCGUGAGGAGCCUGAGCCUUGA